GCGGAGGAGGCCCACGCUGCUUCCGGCUGUGCGCCCCCAUCCUGCCUCCGGGCCCCUCCCACCUGCCGCCCCGGGGCUCGGCGGGGCCGAUUGCGGCUCCCGGGUCCCGGACGUCGGGCCCCGCCCCCGCCGGCCGCGCUCCAGGCCGCUCCGAGGCCCGCACCCCACGCCCGCCCCCGAGUCCCCCGCAGCAGGCGGCCCGCCCACAGCCAGUUCCGGGGCGGUUGCUCCGAGCCCGGACGAGGAGGGGGGGUUUGCAGUGAGGAGCUCGUUGGGGGCAGAGGCGGCCUAGGGGGUUCGUGGAGCACAAGGGGCCUUCGAGGCGGGGCGCUGGGGCGACCCGCGGGUGGAGCUAGCCAGUAGGCAGUCCGGGCACCGACCUGGGCUGUGGUCGGGCAUCGUCUCUUAAUCCUCACAGCACCCCAGGGAGCUCUGCAGGCUCCCGCACCCCGGGCCAUGAGCGAGCUGAAGGACUGUCCCCUGCAGUUCCAUGACUUCAAGUCCGUGGACCACCUAAAGGUCUGCCCACGUUACACGGCUGUGCUGGCCCGCUCCGAGGACGAUGGCAUUGGCAUUGAGGAGCUGGACACGCUACAGCUGGAGCUGGAGACGCUGCUCUCCUCUGCCAGCCGGCGCCUGCGCGUGCUUGAGGCCGAAACCCAGAUCCUCACAGACUGGCAGGAUAAGAAAGGUGACCGGCGAUUCCUGAAGCUGGGCCGGGAGCACGAGCUUGGCGCACCCCCCAAGCAUGGCAAGCCCAAGAAGCAGAAACUCGAAAGCAAGGCAGGGCAUGGGCCUGGGCCCGGCCCCGGGCGGCCCAAGUCCAAAAACCUGCAGCCCAAGAUCCAGGAAUACGAGUUCACUGAUGACCCUGUCGACGUGCCCCGGAUCCCCAAGAAUGACGCCCCCAACAGGUUCUGGGCCUCCGUGGAGCCCUACUGCGCCGACAUCACUAGUGAAGAGGUGCGCACGUUGGAGGAGCUCCUGAAACCGCCAGAAGAUGAAGCCGAACAUUAUAAGAUCCCCCCACUGGGCAAGCACUACUCCCAGCGCUGGGCCCAGGAGGACCUGCUGGAGGAACAGAAAGAUGGGGCCAGGGCGGCAGCUGUUGCCGACAAGAAGAAAGGCCUCGUGGGACCCCUGGCCGAGCUGGACACCAAAGAUGUCGAUGCCCUGCUGAAGAAGUCAGAGGCCCAACACGAGCAGCCGGAAGACGGAUGCCCCUUCGGUGCCCUGACCCAGCGCCUGCUUCAGGCCCUGGUGGAGGAAAACAUCAUCUCCCCCAUGGAGGACUCCCCCAUUCCUGACGUGUCUGGCAAAGAGUCAGGGGCCGAUGGCGCAAGCACCUCUCCCCGCAACCAGAACAAGCCCUUCAGCGUGCCACAUACCAAGUCCCUGGAGAGUCGCAUCAAGGAGGAGCUGAUUGCCCAGGGCCUCCUGGAGUCUGAGGACCGCCCCGCGGAGGACUCAGAGGAUGAAGUCCUGGCCGAGCUGCGCAAAAGGCAGGCCGAGCUGAAGGCCCUCAGUGCCCACAACCGCACCAAGAAGCAUGACCUGCUGAGGCUGGCCAAGGAGGAGGUGAGCCGCCAGGAGCUGAGGCAACGGGUCCGCAUGGCUGACAACGAGGUCAUGGAUGCCUUCCGCAAGAUCAUGGCCGCGCGGCAGAAGAAGCGGACCCCCACAAAGAAGGAAAAGGACCAGGCCUGGCGGACGCUGAAGGAGCGUGAGAGCAUCCUGAAGCUGCUGGAUGGGUAACGCCCUGCCACCUGCUGGGGCAUCUUCCUCCUUGGGAGUACCCUCUGGCGGCCAUAGGCUCUACCGCCAGGACUCGAGCCCUGCUGGGCUGGCCUCAGGCCCACUUCCUGUUUGGUCCCUGAAAUGGGGCAGGGCAUCUGUUCUGGUUCUUCUGUCUUCCCCUUCUCCCCUCCCUCUCUACCCUGGCCCUCCCCACCUCUCCCACCCCAGAGACUUCUCCCUUGUGGUUUUGUAAAGUGCAAAUUUAAGGAUAAA